GGUCGCUAGCGGGCGGCAGGCGGCGGUGUUCCAGUCUUCCUUACUCCUCUCUGCUUAGGCGCGUCGGCCUCCCGCCAGUCCCACUCCAGAUGAAGUGUGAGCACUGUACACGAAAGGAAUGCAGUAAAAAAUCAAGAACUGAUGAUCAGGAGAAUGUGUCCAGCGAUGGGGCCAGCCCGGCCAAGGAGAGUGAAGAGAAGGGAGAGUUCCAUAAAUUGGCUGAUGCAAAAAUAUUUCUGAGUGACUGCCUGGCAUGUGACAGCUGUGUGACUGUGGAGGAAGGUGUCCAGCUUUCUCAGCAGAGUGCCAAGGACUUCCUCCAUGUCCUGAAUCUUAAUAAGAGAUGUGACACCUCAAAGCACAGAGUUCUGGUUGUGUCUGUGUGUCCUCAGUCUCUGCCUUAUUUUGCUGCUAAAUUCAACCUCAGUGUCACUGAUGCAUCUAGAAGGCUGUGUGGCUUCCUCAAAAGUCUUGGGGUGCACUAUGUAUUCGACACCACAAUCGCUGCAGACUUCAGCAUUCUGGAGAGUCAGAAGGAGUUUGUACGCCGGUAUCACCAACACAGUGAGGAACAGCGUGAACUGCCCAUGUUGACCUCUGCCUGUCCUGGUUGGGUCAGAUAUGCUGAGCGGGUGCUGGGUCGCCCCAUCAUCCCAUAUCUCUGUACUGCCAAGUCCCCCCAGCAGGUCAUGGGCUCCUUGGUGAAGGAUUACUUUGCCAGGCAGCAGAAUCUGUCUCCAGAGAAAAUCUUCCACGUUGUCGUGGCUCCUUGCUAUGAUAAGAAGCUGGAAGCUCUUCGAGAGGGACUUUCCACUACUUUAAAUGGUGCUCGGGGCACUGACUGUGUGCUGACAUCAGGUGAAAUUGCUCAGAUAAUGGAGCAAAGUGACCUCUCAGUGAAAGACAUUGCUGUGGAUACUUUGUUUGGAGACGUGAAGGAGGUGGCAGUCCAGCGUCACGAUGGAGUGAGUUCAGAUGGGCAUCUGGCUCACGUCUUCAGACACGCAGCCAAGGAGCUGUUUGGCGAGCACGUGGAGGAGAUCACCUACCGCGCACUCAGGAACAAAGACUUCCAUGAGGUUACCCUUGAGAAGAAUGGGGAGGUCCUACUGCGAUUUGCUGCAGCGUACGGCUUUCGCAACAUCCAGAACAUGAUCCAGAAGCUCAAGAAGGGCAAACUCCCAUACCACUUUGUGGAGGUGCUCGCGUGUCCCAGAGGUUGCUUAAAUGGCAGAGGCCAAGCACAGACAGAGGACGGCCACACAGAUCGUGCACUGCUGCAGCAAAUGGAAGGGAUCUACUCCGGCAUCCCUGUGCGGCCCCCAGAGAGCAGUGCACAUGUGCAGGAGUUGUACCAGGAGUGGCUGGAGGGUACUGAAUCCCCCAAAGUCCAGGAGGUGCUGCACACCAGCUACCAGAGCUUGGAGCCCUGCACAGACGGCCUGGAUAUCAAGUGGUGACAAAGCUUGAAGGGCAGGAGGGGACAGCUCUGAAUGGAGAGUGGUGGGUGCUUCAAGGAACAACGGGUCCCUGCAGCUUUGCCAGCGCUUCAGGACACAGUUUUCAUGUGGUGCUAUCUUUGUAGUGUGUGAGGGAGUGGAAUGUUUGCACAUGGGAGAAGUAUUUUCCCUCUCUGCGUAGCCUUUCAUCCCAAGAUUGUGAGAAAGAUCCCAAAGAGGCCAGGGACAGAUCCCUGAUUUGCAGGUUUAAAAAAAAAAAAUCAAAAUGUGUUUUUAGAGAACCAAGACCCUGGGGUUGUGAUCCACGAGCCUAAGAUUAUUGCUGCAGAAAUGGAGGCAUCAGGAAGGCCAGGCUACUGUACAGUGGAUAACUGUGGCCUUCAGAGAGGCCCAGUCUUCUGGCCCAAUUUGGCUCUUUCACGUGUAUAGAUUUUUAAAAAAUAAUUUUCAAUUCUAGGGCCAGCAAGGUGGCUUAUUGGUACCACCAUUAGUUUGAUCCAUCGGGCCCACAUGGUGGAAGGAGAGACCAACGCCCACAAGCUAUCCUCUGACUUUCACACAGGCACAUGGCAUGCAUAUAUACCACCGAGACCAUACCCCCAAAAUAACCGUAAAGAAAAUUACACUAGUUUUAAGUCAUAGUAACAGUGAGCCAUAUUCUUCAUAGUCCCCGAAGGCCAGCAGUCAUUACAGCCCUGGCAAGCUGGACCACUGGUGUGCCUGAGUCAUUCUUUUACUUGACCUGCCAUCAGCGUUGAGCUGGACUCACCUCAGAAGAAAGGCUGCUGAGAAUGGCAUGCAUCACACCCUGGAUUUGAUGCAAUGCAUAUUUAAAAAUAAACAAGUAGAGAAUUAAGAGGGUGGCCCACCUAGGCUUUGGGGUUCUAAGGGUGGUGCAGCUCACAGUUACUGCUAUGGGGCAGGAAGAUAGAGCUGAGGCUCCAUGGACCCUGGAAUGGGUGAAACAGCUUUAUAAUGUCCAGCCUCCUCUAAACUCCUCCCCAGUGCCUUUUGAUACAAAUAGGCCUGGAGCACCUCCUCUCCUUCACAAAGCCCACUGGUCUGGGACAGCAUCCCUUCAUCCCUCACUAUACUAGUGCGAGCAUGCCUUAGGGGAAACAGUAUGUCCACACACAGAAAUAGCUGCUCGAUGGUGAAAUUCACAAAAUCAUGUGACACAUACUAGAUAGAGUCCAUCCAGGAGAUAAAGGGGUUUGAUGAAGCCCUUGAAAUGCUCAGUGUGUGACUGCCUUGACCCUUAGUACUGUCAGCUCUAUCACAGUCCCACAUGCCUCAUGUCUUGGUCUUCCUGUGAGUCUGUCUAGGAGUGUAACUGGAUAUGUUAUUGUAAACCAGUGGUUCUCAACCUGUGGGCUGUGGCCCCACAAAGGGGUCACAUAUCAGAUAUUUACAUUAUAAUUCAUAACAGUAGCAAUACUACAGUUAUGAAGUAGCAACAGAAUAAUUUUAUAAUUGUUGGGGGGUCAACAUAACAGAAGAAACUAUAUUAAAGGGUCACAGCAUAGGAAGGUUGAGAACCACUAUUAUAAAUUAUGAUUUUUUUUUUGCUUUCAGUCUAUACGCCUUGGGUAUCCAUCCCCAAAGUAACUGAUUAUGGAAUAAACAAUGCAAUGGGGUCUUGAGUGUGGCA